AUGACCACAGAAUCAACCGCCGGGGGGCUUUUUGGUCUUGAUGCCUUGCUCGACAAUCCGGUCUUUGCGGGAGGCUUCGGCCUUGCCUCCCUCGGCUUCGCUGCCGCAUUUGCCCGCAAAGGAGCCAUGGUAGCUGCCGCAACAGCACGACGCCGUCUCCUUGUAAACGUUGAAAUCAGCAAGCAGGACCCCGCAUAUCCUUGGAUCCUCGCGUGGCUCUCGCAGCCCCGCGAAAAUCCUGGGUUCAUUGCCUCUCGCUUGACCCGCAUCCACGACCUGUCCGUAACGACAACGACAGCUUCUCAGGGUCCUCCAGGGACCGGCGGGCCGAGCUCUGCGUCCUUCUUCCUACAGCCUGGAUACGGCCGACAUAUAGUCAAGCAUGGAAGCGCAUAUAUUGCCGUCAAUCGCGAAAAGCACAAUACUGCCAAUAUGAACACCGGCGAACCUCACGAAAUCGUUCAGCUCACGACGCUCUGGGCGCACCGCCAUGUUUUCGAGGAAGUGUUCAGCGAGGCCCAUCGCCUCGCGGCAAAGGCGAAUGAGGGCAAGACAACGGUCUUCUCAGCUAGAGGGAUGGACUGGGCCCCUCUUGGCGACCCCAGGAAAAAGCGGCCUCUGGGCUCGGUAAUUCUGGAUGAGGGUGUCAAAGAGAGCAUUGUGGGCGAUGUGCAAGAUUUCCUAUCGAGGCAGCAGUGGUAUGUCGACCGCGGAAUUCCCUACCGACGGGGCUACCUACUGUUUGGCCCUCCUGGAAGCGGGAAAAGUUCUUUUAUCCAAGCGCUAGCGGGCGAGCUUGAUUUCAGUGUUGCCAUGGUAAAUCUGAGUGAAAUGGGAAUGACAGACGACAAGCUGGCACUUUUGCUGACCAAGCUCCCCAAACGAAGUCUCCUCCUGCUGGAAGAUGCCGAUGCAGCCUUUGUAAACCGCCGGCAAAGGGACACGGACGGCUAUAGUGGUGCUACGGUCACCUUCUCAGGGCUGCUAAAUGCUCUCGAUGGUCUCGCAGCUGGCGAGGAGCGCAUUGCUUUCUUAACCACCAACCACAUCGAGCGUCUAGACCCAGCUUUAAUCCGGCCAGGUCGUGUUGAUAUGAUGCUUCGCAUAGGCGAGGCUACCCGGUUCCAAGCUGCUCAGAUGUGGGAUCGAUUCUACAGUGAUGUAGAUUUGGAUCACUCCAACCGCGAGCGCUUCCUCGAACGCCUCGAUGAACUGGGCCUGUUCGGAGUGAACCCAGACGGAGAACCCUCUCACCGACAUACAAGUACGGCUGCUAUCCAGGGUCUCUUCCUCUUCCACAAGACUGAUAUGCAAGGGUCGAUUGACAUGGCGGAGGCGUUGAUCCCUCGUAAGUUUGAGGCGGGAGACGCCGUGCCUGAGGGCGCGAUUAAGACUCCCGCUUAA